AUGACAUCUCUCAAUAAAUCUGGUGACACCAAAUUCACAGUCUUUAUCCGUCUCCCAUUCCCCAGGGGAACUUUUGUUGACCCACCUCCUGUCGAAUGGGACGCAGCUAAAGAUCAGGCGCUUUGGGACAUCCUAUCGCGUCCUUCUAAAGGAGAUAUAGAUUGGAAGACACUAGCGGAGAGCUUUGACGUAACUCUUCAAUUUUUACUCCAGCAAGCGGCAUGGCUGUACGAUCGGCAGCUAGCACAGGUUCGCGCACAGAUGCGUAAGGUGGGUACUACGCAAUCGAAUUCUCCGUCUCCUGCUCCUGGAUCUGUGUCCGGCAGUACAGCUCUAGGAAACCAAGCAGCCAAAGGGACCCCUAGCGCAGGUUCGCGGGCUCCGAACCGGCUCCCAUUACAGCAGAAAGAAACGCUACCCCCACGAAGCUCAUCUUCGAGGCGUACUAGUUCCACGAAUACUGUACACCAGGUCAAAGGCCCGCGAGAGUCUCCGCAUAAUGAAACCGCUUGCGCUGAACCAAAAGAGACGCGGUGGGACCAUUAUAGCCGAAGACCAUUGAUAAAUAGACGCGACCAGGCGCCGCCUGCUUCAAUACAUAAAUCACCGACCCUUGAAGAGGAAGAUCUAAGCUCAUCUGAGACGGAAUCAGACAGUGAUGAAGCUGUAUCUAGUCGGCGAGGGCCAAUAUUUAGACGGUUUGGCAAGUUUUCAACUCAUCGGCCUGGUUUGAGGGACGAUGAAGAGGAUGACGAUGAAUCUCCAGCCUUUCUUCCUCUUUCUCGUGAUUCCGAGGGCGGUCCGCAUGUAACUUCUGCGCAGGAUCUCAAUGCAACCCUUCGGUUGGAAACCGACGAGACUGUUGACCCAAUGCGGCGCGCGGUGGACCAAAGUCCAGUUCAAAGACGAUCUAACACGACUGAAUCAUCUACAAGUUCUGUUAGCUCUGGCAACCCAGUUACAUUGCCGCCGGGCGACAGACGCCGACGUGCCAACCAGAUUGGCGGUCCUUUAAGCCCUCGGCGGGCUGAAUUAGCCCGUCUCAGCCCACGUCGGUCCACUGCCUCUGGGAGAGAGACCAGCGAUGGUACACCUAGCAUGGGGAGUAGCUUUAGUGAUCUUGAUGAUGCGAGCGUUACACAGUCGGCGCUCGAAGAGGCGCUCUUAAGUAAUAUGCAGCAUGGUGGUAUGGCUAGCCGGAUGAGUACUAUCAGUCAGGCAUUCCGAAGUCGUUACUUGUAA